GUGAUUAGGGUUGUCAAACGACAGUAAUUAAAUAGAUUAUAGCAAUUUGUUUUUUUUUUUAAAUGGUACCAAUUGGCGUAGCCUUGUUUUACAGUGUUCCGAGGCCGUGAGGCAAGGGGCUUCCCAGUCCUGACCCGUACCUAAACCUCAGAGUUACGAUUAGGUGUAUGGCCUGUCUUAUGUCGCCAUCUAUUCAUUACUUACCAAGCACCUUUCCUACCAAAACGUGGAAUCAGAGAUAUUUCUUCUUUUUAUGACACCCAGUCCCCCUGGUCACUCUCAUCAGUUAAUUGAUGCGUUGGUCGAGUUAGUUAACCUACUGCUGUAAUAAGAAAACUAUACGUAACAAAAAUACAAAUCUGGGUACAGUAGCAGACAGACAUAUAUCUAAAAAAAAGGUUCCAAAAAUCACUACAAUACAAAAAAUAAUAAACACCCAAAGUAAAUUGCAUGGACAGUUGAAUGUAGAACCAAAAAACACCUAGGUUAGAACAAAGUCAUCAAGAAUACUUUCAAUAGCUAAUUAUUUGUGAUUUUUGUGUUUUAAUUCACCUAUAAAAUAUUUAAAUUAUAUUGCAUCUCAUUACCAACACCCUUAACCUAUAUUUGCGUGUAUAGAUAUUAUAUAUAACAUUUCAAAUGUGUCGUUGUCAUAAUAUUUGCGCGACUCGGGACGAAAACAUGUUGCAAAAAACGAAAUCACUUGAGAAAUAUUUAGGUUUAAAAAACGAUAUAAAAUGGGACACGACGUUAUUUUUUCUUCUAUACCACGCGCUAGCUGUGUACUGGUGUUAUCAUUACGCUUUUCCAGUGAAAUGGCAGACGCUCGCGUUAGCGUAUUUCGUGUAUGCGUGUAAUGGUAUCGGCAUCGGCGCGGGCGUGCAUCGCUACUGGUCGCACCGCGCCUUCAAGGCGACCAAACCUAUGCAGCUGAUGCUCUUUGUUAUGUACGCCUCUGCUGGCCUCACCACAGUACGUCGUUUCGUGCGCAACCACCGAGUUCAUCACAAAUGCAGCGACUCAGAUGGUGAUCCUCACGACGCACGGCGUGGCCUGUUCUUCUCACAUAUGGGCUGGCUCAUGGUGAAGAAGAAUGAGGAGACUCUACGCCAAGGGAAGACCAUAGACAUGAAAGAUCUGGACAAUGAUCCGUUAAUCAUGUUUCAUGAGAGACACAUGUUAUUGGUAAACGGGACGCUUUGUUUCGUGCUGCCAACGUUGGCAAACAUCUGGUUCUUCGGGGAGAGCUGGCGCUGCGCGGUGGCGUGGCAGUGCUUCAUACGGUACCUGACCACCAUGCAUGCAGCCUUCAGCGUCAACAGCCUCGCACAUAAGUACGGACACAAGCCUUAUAACAGGAACAUAAGACCGGUAGAGAACCUGUUCGUGGUGUUUGCGACUUUAGGAGAAGGUUUCCAUAACUACCACCACGCGUUCCCCUUCGACUUCAAAGGCACGGACAGACUGCUGACCUUCAACAUCGCCACCCUCACCAUCAAGCUCUGCGAGAAGAUCGGCUGGGCGUACGACCUGAAGGAAGCUUCACCAGAGAUGGUGGCCUCCAUGUCUCAAAGGAUGGGAGACCGGUUCCAACUCAAGGAAGGAUUAUCAGAUUAUUCGUAUUAAUAGAGCAAUAACGAUAGCCAAAAAUAAAUGUUUUUUUUUUUAAAUAUUAAUCUAUCUACAUAUUUGUGUAUUGAUUAAUGGAAAUGAAAAAAAUAACACAAUGAAUAUUAAUGAAUGAUGGAGGUGAAUUAA